UUGCUUGCGGAGAAAAGCCUGGGAAUUACAUAAAUAUUUUGCUGAAAGAUUGGAGGAGGAUAAAGAGGAAUUGGAGAAGUGUCGGUGCGAAACUAGUGAGAAAGUGCGAGUUGAUUAUAUGGAUAGUGAAGGGAGUGGGUGGAGUGAAUGUGAAAAGUGUGAGAAAAAGAUUAGUAGUGCAGGGCAUCAUGGAGAUGCCAAAGAGGAAGAAGUAUUUGUUUUGAGAGUAUGGGAAGAGGGGGUAUUGGAGGUAAAUAUAGCUUGUGGAAGGGAAUUUCGGAGAGGAGUGGCUUAUUCAGGGGCUAGGAAUUUAGCAGAAUUAAAGCAAAGUUAUACUUAUUGCGGAGAUUGUGUAGAAGAAACAGAGAAUAGUCAGCAGGAAGACUUUAAUAUUGAUGGAAGAAGAAGGGUUGAAAUUGGUGGAGGUUUUGGAGAGGAGUUUGGAGAAGAAUUAAAAAAACUUUUAAAAAGAGUAGAGCAGCCCGACUAUCGUCGCGUGAAUAUUGGCUUACAUCCUAACGCCACACCUGCCGAAAAAGCCAAAUAUAAACUCUGUAAAACUAUUGCCCGUUAUUGUCGGGAAAGUAAUCUUACUGAAAAAGAAUUAGGAAAAAAACUAGGAAUAGACCAAGUAAAAACUGAGUAUAUUUUAUUUUGUCAUUUGGAUAAAUUAAGCUUGGAAGAAUUAGUAAAUUAUACGGAAGAAUUAGCCAUGCCUUUGGAAGUGAAAAUUAAUA